GAUACCUUAUGGUGGUCCUUUAUUAACACGGUGGUUGGUAAAUUAACCACUCGUGUUAUGGUUUCUUCCUUUUUAGCCGUUUUGCCCACCCGGCUUGAUUUAGGGACAUUGGGAAUCUCAUCUCACAAGUCAUGGUUACUUUUAGCCGCUUUACCCACAUUCUCAUAA